AUGAAUUUUUCUGGUUCUACAGAUGAUAAUAACUAUUUUAGUUCUGACUUAGGAGGUACAAAUAGUACCUAUUCGCCUUAUAAUGAGGAGGAGAAUACCGAUGAUGAGGAACCACAAAGAAAGAGGCGGCGUUACAACGUUAUUCGUGACAGUGAUGAUAGUAAUAACAGUGAUGAUAGUGAUGACAGUGAUGAUAGUAUUAUUCAAGAUGCUUACCAGCCAAUAACUAUCGUAUCAACUCAGUCUGCUGCGGAAAAUGAAAGACAGUCAUCAGUACAAAGAAUUGAUUCAAAUGACAACGAAUAUGAUGGCGAAUUAGAUAUAGUCAGCGAACGUGAUUUAGCAGAAGAAGAAGGUCAACAGAUUCUUAACUUAUUAACUACUGAAGAGCAAGGUCAAGAUAAUUCAAAUGCGUCAUCUUCUGAAGUGCCAACGCUAACUGACCGCCAUCAAACGGAAUACAGCAACUUUCAUCCACAUCAUGAUGAUGAAAGUGGUGAUAGUGAUGUAAUUUCAGUAGGAGAUGUGGUUGAAAUUCUAGAUGAUGAUCCAGAGGAAUCCUCUAUCUUUAGUGGAACGAAUGUACCAAAUGCCAACGGCUCCAACGCUACCUCAAGCAGAACACAGCUAGCCGCCCACAAACCAGCUAUCUCACGUCCCUGCACUGAAUAUAAGUGUCCCAUCUGCCUGGAACCUCCAGAAACCUCAGUGGUAACGCCCUGUGGUCACGUGUUCUGUGCAGGCUGUGCAUUUCAGAUGUUGAACCAAUCCAGGGCCAGAACUAGGCAUGGCCAUUGUGCACUAUGUAGAAAUAACGUCAACCUCCAGAGUUUGCGACUUAUGGUAUUACGCAAGAUACCACGUAAGAUCCAGCAUACAUAG